UCUCACCAACAAUGGCAGCCAAAAAAUCCAAAUCCAAGAAAUCACCCAUCACUAAAAAGACUUCUCCUCCGCCUCCGCCAUCGCCACCAUAUAGACAACAGUGGCCGUUUUCCGACCAUCCCCGAGCAUACAAGCUAUGGGACAAAGUCACCCACCGCAACUCCGCUCUCGCCAUCACCAAAUCAUGGCUACCACCUCCAACCACAACCCGAUGCGACGCCCGUCACAACCAACCACCCCAGCUCCGCCACGUGGCCGCCGGACCACCCCAAAACCAUACUCCUCAUCCACACAAUCGCUACCUCCGCGAUAUCACCAAAGCCACCUCGGAAACGCCCGGCGCUUCGCAAUAUUGGUGCAUCCUGCGACACUCUCCCGCGGCCCUAUUGCCCAACCCGGCUCCCGCACUCCGCCCCGACCCGCUCGGCCCGAAGCUGCAGCUGAGCGGCGUCAGCGUCGGGCCGGGCAGGCCUCGCUCGGGCCUCGUUGUUAGCUACGGCGCCCUGCACGCCUCCGGCUCCGAUGUGUACUGGCUCAGAGGCGUUGCAGUCUGGCAUGAGUGCGUGACGCCCGACCCGUUCGACCCGAAAAAGAAGCCGAUGGAGUUCACGAGCAUGGUUAGGUUUCGAGGAAAUUUCUACGCGAUGAGCUUGCAGGGAGCGCUUGCCGUGAUGCAGGUGGUCGAGACGCGCCUCACAAUCACGGGAGUGACGGUGGGCAGAGCGGUCCCGAGAUCGAGCUGGAGGUUUUUCAAGGAAUAUUUGUGUGAGAUGAAUGGGGAGAUCUUGUUGGUUUUCUUGAUUCACAUGAAAUCUCUUGCUAUUGUGGAUGAUGUUGAGGUUUUUCGACUCGAUUUGGUUAGGAUGGAUUGGGUUAAGUUUGAGAGGCUGCAGGGGAAGGCGAUGUUCUUGAAUCAGAACUGUAGUUGGGUGAAUUCAGAAGAAUUAUGGUGCAAGGAUGAUCGUGUGUAUUUCACGGAGGGAUCGGAGAAUAUCUGGAAAGUGUAUAACAUGAAAACUUGUUCCAUUUCACUAGUUCCGGCCGGAUGGAGUUGGAACCCACUUGUUGGACCAUGAACAGAUAGCUUCAUCGGUUCAUAGUCAGGGUUUUAAAAUUAUUGUUUAUGGUGAAUAUUAAUUGAUAUGUUAAUUGUGU